AUGUGCUAUUUCAUUAAUUUUUCUUCCUUUAUUUUGAAUAUGGACAUGCCAUUUCCUCUAUCUUUUAACAAAAGCUAUUUUACUAUAAAAGACCACUCAGGAAACAUCCAUCACCUUGAUGUAAAUGACACUUUUGCCUGUGAGACAGCCUUAAUUUAUUUAUACCAAGAUUUAAGAUACAUGCAGCAGCACGCAGGAGUUGAUUUAAACUUGCUUAAAGGAGUUUUUGAUGUAAAAUCACUAGCAAAUUCGCCGUUUUUGGGAAGAUGGUUCAGCAUCCCUUCAUUGCCAAUGAAUAAAGUUUUACCUCCAAAGAUAGAACUUAAGCUUGAAAGCCAAAGUGAAAGUGAGGAUGAGUGGGAAGUGCUAUGCCAUUUAUAAUUAAUAGAAAUAGCUUUUCUCAUUAAGUAUUUCUAUAGGAAAUAAAAUAAAAAUUACCGUUAUUUAAUUUAAAUAGAUAUAUCAUAA